AUGAAUGACUCAGCUGAUGCAGCAUCCAGCAAUCCGGAAUCGAGUCAUAAAAAGCAAGAUAUCAGUGAUGAAAAGAAUCUCGUCGUUUCAUUCAUCCAAUUCUUGCGCCAGCGGAUUUCGCGUGAACAGUGCACAACUGAUCAGGUUGAAGGAAUUGAAGUGGCUAUUCAGUGCCUUGAAACAGCAUUUGAUUUAACGGAUUCCAGUUACUUGUUUCAACCAUCAAAACCUCUUUUGGAUAUUUUCGUUGCAGCUGAGGGUCUUCCUGCCGGUGUUGAUGAUUUUCCGAAACCAACUGCAGAAGAAAUCAAAAUAGCGAAUAAUUUAAAAGAAGAAGGGAAUACAUUAAUGAAAUCUUCGCAAUUUGAAAAUGCCGUGUUAAAGUAUAAUGAAGCUAUCAAGCUGAACAAAGAUCCGGCUUAUUUUUGCAAUCGAGCAGCAGCUUACUGUCGGCUAGAACAGUAUGAUUUGGCAAUACAGGAUUGUCGUGCUGCACUGGCCUUGGAUCCAAAAUAUAGCAAAGCUUAUGGACGAAUGGGGUUGGCAUUGUCUUGCCAGAAUCGUUAUGAGCAAGCUGUAGAAGCAUAUAAAAAAGCACUAGAAUUGGAUCCGGAACAGGAAAGCUACAAAAAUAAUCUGAAAAUUGCUGAAGAUAAGCUGAAAGAACUAGAGGAAUCAUUCAGGCAGGGGCAAGGUCCUGGGCUGUUUGGUUCUCAGAUGCCUGACAUGACUGCACUGCUGAAUAAUCCAGCGAUGAUGAACAUGGCCAGACAACUGAUGUCUGAUCCUAACAUUCAGAAUAUGAUGUCACAGAUGAUGACUGGUAUUCUCGGCAGUGGAUCAAAUGCUGGCGUUUCUAAUCUUAUAGAAGCCGGCCAACAGUUAGCUCAGCAAAUGCAAAGUGCUAAUCCAGAUUUGGUUGAACAGCUGAGACAGCAGUUCCAGGGCCAAGGAGGUCCUAGCAAUGAAAGCGAUAGGAAUGGACCGCAUGAAAAUGGCACGCAGCCUCCGCAGUAA